AUGCCUCCAAAAAAGAAACAGUCCGAUGUUUAUGUCAAUCUGAGUAAAUCCUCGAAGAAAUUAAAGAAAAAGUCUACAUCUGCAGAGGAACUAGAGGAAUAUGGUUUUUCCUUGGGUCGAGUGCUUGGUCAAGGGUCGUACUGUAAAGUCAGGUCGGCCGUUUAUGAAGGAGAAGAGGUCGCAGUGAAGGUGAUCACCCGAGACAAACUGUCGCACGAAUUCGCCACCAAAUUUCUCCCUCGGGAGAUAGAGGUGCUCAGUAAAAUCAAUCAUGAGAACAUCGUCAAGGUUUACAAGAUAUUCAACUUCCCCAAGAAAGUGUACAUCUUUAUGGAGUUGAUUCGAGAUGAUUUACUCGGAUAUGUACGGUCUCGCGGCCGGUUGAAUGAAAAAGAAGCGCGCAAGUUUUUCGAGCAAAUGGUCAGUGCCAUGAAGUACCUGCACGGUCUGAACAUCGCCCACAGAGAUCUGAAGUGCGAGAACAUAAUGAUUGAUGAUAACUUCAAAAUCAAAAUUAUCGAUUUCGGAUUCUGCAGAAGCACCGUGGAUUCUUCUGGUCGCCGGAGGCUGAGUGAAACAUUUUGUGGCAGCACAGCUUAUGCAGCUCCGGAGGUUCUGCAAGGCCUGCCUUACAAUCCGAUGAUGUAUGACGUCUGGAGUCUGGGUUGCGUGCUUUACAUCAUGACGACGGGAAUGAUGCCUUAUGACGACAGCCACAUACGAAAGAUGGUGCAACAUCAGCUCAAAAGGCAGAUAAAAUUUCCAGCUAAUUAUGUUAUGUCGCACAGCUUGAAGGAUUUGAUCAGACACAUGCUGGAACCGGAUGUCACCAAACGCCUGACGAUGGACCGCGUAGCUCGCAGUGCUUGGCUAAAGGACCAGGACAAAGACGACGAAACAGGAGAAGCCGCGUCUGGACGUAAAAGUCAGUCGUCCAAGAAAUUGGAAAAUCUUGUGUCGACUGGAACACAAGUCAACAUCUCGAGUGACGAUGGCAAUAAGUGA